GCAGUGUAGACGCCGCUGCUGGCUUUGACGUUGCGGCUUGUCAUUCUGUCUUCUAGUGGGAGUCGGCGCUCGUUGCAGGUUGGUCAAUUCAGUACUUGAAGAGGAACUGAAAACAAUACAUGCUUUCUCACAGAAGACAUUAACAACAAAGCAGUGGCAGGAACAGAAAUCUACAUAAUCUUUUUGUUCAAUAGGUGUCAUUAUUGAACAAUGUUGUAAUUUACGUUUGUAUUUAAUGUAGGCUUAUUUAAAUAAAUGGCGAGUUCAUAGGUCAUGCCCUGGUAGUUAUCUGCCCAGCAACAUCAGUCCUACUUUACAUACCUUUGUCAAGCAGAUGUAAAGGUUACCUGAGUGGAGCAGUUUUGUUGUGCACUUCAGUCUGGCAGUAAUGGAGAAUUCUACUCACAGACAGUUCAGUUAUUCUGUCUCAGCUCCAGGGAAAGUGAUUCUCUUUGGAGAACACUCAGUUGUAUAUGGGAAACCAGCUGUGGCAGCCACUUUAGGUGUACGGACAAGAGCCUGUGUGCAAGAAAUUUCUGAGUCGAAAGGCACUGUCAGACUGGAAUUACCACAGUUGGACGUCAAUGUGACUUUUGAUGGCCUGUUUGAAAAGAUUGAGAGCAUGGCUAGCCAUCCAAACAGCAUACUUCAGAUUCCACCAUAUGAAUUUUCCUGGCGAUGUCCUGAAGGUGUUAAUUUGAAUCUCCUAAAGGAAACCAUAUCUUCACUUACUUCAGAAUAUAACUUGGUGCAUUCAAAUGAAGAGCAAGAGUACUCUGUAACAGCAUUCCUAAUGCUGUUUGUUGGGAUGCUUCUGGGAGUAGACUUGGAGGGUCAGUUGACACGGUUCGGCGGCCUCCUUAUCCGUGUGGAGUCUGAUGUGCCAAUGCGUGCAGGGCUUGGUAGUUCUGCAGCCUAUGGUGUUUCUCUUUCUGGAGCAUUGGUGGAGUUCUUACGAAACAGGGCCCAACAACUAGGCCGAACCAGUGGUAAUAUAUCAAGACAUGGCUACUGUCCAUCGCAAGCUCCCCGUUCUCUUUCUGAAGAAAUGAGUGUGGUGUCACAAUGGGCUUUCAUCAGUGAGGUAGUAAUGCAUGGAAAACCAUCUGGAUUGGAUAAUAGUGUCUGCACUUAUGGCUCUGCUGUCCAGUUUUGCAAAGGAAAGAAGCCAGUAUCAAUUUUAAUGCCCUCUAACUUGAAGGUUCUUCUCAUUGAUACUGGUGUACCAAGAAAUACUUUGCAACUUGUUGCUAGUGUUGCUGAAAAGCAAAAGCGCCUAAACAGUGUUAUCUCUUCAAUUCUUGAUGCUAUGGGAUCUGUUGCUGUUGAAGUUGUAGCAGUACUGAAUGACAUGUGCGCUGCUGGAGAUAUAUUUUCUACUAGCAUGUCAUUAUUGGAGGAACUGGUUGACAUAAAUCAGUCGCUGUUGAAAGCUCUUGGAGUAUCUCAUCCUCGUCUUGAUGAAGUUGUGCAGUUAGCUGCAAAUGCUGGAUUACAUGCAAAGCUGACUGGUGCUGGUGGUGGAGGAUAUGCUUUUGUGUUUUUGUCACCAUCAGUAGAAGCCAACAGAGUUCAGCUGCUGAAAAGAUUACUUGCACAGCAUAAUUUCCAUUACACUGAAACUGGGAUUGCAGGUCCAGGUGUUAUGCUUCAGGAGGAGCAGGGCACUAUUUGAUAUUGUUGCUGUAAAAUAUAUGUUUCUGUUACUUCAUACUGUCAAAAUAUUAAAUGUGCUUUAUGUAUAGAAGCAAACCACUAUAAAUGUAUCAUCAUUUAUCAUGUAAAUUGGCACCAAUCAUGCUCAUAUAUGGAUUAAUAUUCAAAAUGCUUGCAGUUGAUGCAAGUUUUUCAUUUAGUAGAAAAUCCUCUGUAGCUUAUCAAUUGGAGUCUAUAAUUUCUAUUUUAUAUACAAUAUUAGAAAGGAAUAAAGAAGUUUGGGAUGAAAUUUUUUUGUGCUGGUGUAAAAUUUGCAGAGAAACGGGUGCUUUUCAAAUACAUUAAUUUAUCUGCCCCUCUGAUAAAACUUAUGUCUUAUUUUCAAGCAGAAUGUCAUUUAUUUAAUUUUAUUAAUUUUUUUCCAGGUUUUUAUGUUUGAGAUACAUCCUAGAAAAAUGCUCCUGGCAAAAUAUCAACAAUUAAUUUCAUGCUAAAAUAUUUGUGUAUUUAAUUCUUUGAAUAACUUGAUGUUUGCAUCAAGCAGUUAUUUCUUUGCCUUUGAUGUGUAUUCAGUUUUGUUGUGUUAUUUACUUAAUUAUGAUGUACUGGGUAUGUAUGUGUUUAUCUACUGGGCAUGUAUAUGUUUGGAUUUUAUCUAUGAGCUCACCAUUUGAGAAUUGUUACAUUUAUGUUAUUUGCAGUAUCAGACAAAGAACAAAAAGAAAAAUACUUAGCAAUAGUUUGAAAAAAAAAAUAUUUUUAUGUGCAAAGCUGAGUGCAUGGAGCCAGCUAGAAAUCACACUUAUUUAGAAAACCUCUUUAUGUACCUAAUAAUCGUGCUACAUAUAAACUGCAUUUAUUUUAA